UAUUACCACUUGCUAUGAAGUAAAAUGAUGAUAUGAAUGAAUGAGCAUAAUGCAGAAUCAUUGAAUUCUCAUCCAACACCUUUACUCCAAAACUUCACCAACCCAAAAAUUUCUCAUUUAUGAACCCCCAAAUAUUUGACCAUAAUACAUAAACUGUCAAUUUUUACCAUAAAGUUUCUUGAUUUUUACUAGCUUCAUUAGGCUCUCCUGGUUGUGUUUUUUUUUCAUUUUUUAUGAAAAAAGAUUUGAACUUUCUUUUGUCUAGUUGAAAACACAGAGACAAAGCAUUUAUGUUUUGGUGUUUGUUUUCUUUGUUGGCUUUUUCAUGCAGAGGUCAGACAAGGUAAGUUCACAUUAUUCAUUCUUUCUUCCAGAAACCCCAAAAAUCUUAGUUGUCCUCUGAAAUUCCAUUAUCUUCUGAGCUGCUGUUUUUCAUUUUUCUAAAGAAAGAUUGGAUUUUUAUGCAUUUUGAGCCAAUUGUGUAUACUUCUUGAACUUUUGGUUUUGUGGGGUUCUGCUGAAAGUGUUUGUUUUGCUGAUUCUUGGAAAGUAGAACAACUUUUAUGUGUCAAAAAUGGUGUUAAAGUUCUGAAAAAAGGGAGAUUUUUGGAGUUGUUUGGAGGGUUUUGCUUCUUUCUUUUACACUCUUGAGUUUUAUAGUUUAAGCCUUAUCUACAAAUGGGAAUAGGCAUUCUUGGUUUUUUUCUGCUUUUGACUGUGUUCUUUAGGCCUUCGCUUUGCCAACAGCCAAAUACUGAUGGAUUUUUUGUGUCUGAUUUUCUUCAAAAGAUGGGGGUUACUAAAGUUCACAACUUUUCAGCUCACUUUUGUUCUUGGCAAGGGGUGGGAUGUGAUUCCAAGGAUGAAAAUGUUGUUAAUUUGACAGCUAAAAGUUUUGGUUUAUCUGGUGUGAUUCCUGAUAACACCAUUGGUAAACUCACAAAGCUUAAGUAUUUGGAUCUGAGCAACAAUAAACUCACUGGUUUGCCUUCUGAUAUAUGGAGUUUAGGUUCACUAAAGUACCUUAACCUCUCACAUAACCAUAUCUCUGGUGACCUUUCAAGUAACAUAGGCAAUUUUGGUGGUCUUGAAAUCAUGGACUUUUCUGUCAACAAUUUCUCUGGGAAAAUCCCAGAUGCCAUUAGCUCCCUUUCAAGUUUGCAUUCUCUUAAUCUUAGUAAAAACUUGUUUGAUUCAGAAAUCCCUUCUGGAAUUAUGGGCUGUCAUUCUUUGGAAUCCCUUGAUCUUUCAGAAAACAGACUCACUGGUUUUCCUAAUGAUUUUGGUUCUACAUUUCACAAGCUCAAGUUCUUGAAUCUUGCAGAAAAUGAGAUUCUUGGUAAAGAUUCAGAUUUUUCAAGAAUGGGUUCAAUCACUCAUAUCAAUAUUUCAGGCAAUCUGUUUAAGGGUUCUGUUGUUGGUCUUUUUGAGGGGCCAUUGGAAGUGAUUGAUUUGAGUAGAAACCAGUUUGAUGGUCACAUUUCUCAGGUAAACUUCAGUUCCAGCUUCAAUUGGUCUCAUUUGGUUUAUCUUGAUUUAUCUGAGAAUCACCUUAGUGGAGGGAUCAUUAGAGAAUUAAAGAAUGCUCGAAAUCUUGUAUACCUUAAUCUUGCAGAUAAUAGAUUUUCACAUCAAGAAUUUCCACAAACUGAUAUGUUAUCUAGCUUAGAGUAUCUGAAUUUGUCUGGAACUAGUUUGAUUGGCCAAAUUCCUCAAGAGCUCUCGUCGUUGAGUCGCUUGAAAAUCCUUGAUAUAUCCAAAAACCAUCUUAGUAAACGCAUUCCUCCGCUGAGCAAUAGAAAUCUCCUGGUUCUUGAUGUUUCAUACAACAAUUUGACUGGUGAUAUCCCAUUGCCACUUGUAGAGAUACUCCCAAGGAUGGAAAGGUUCAAUUUUUCUUUCAACAAUCUAACUCUUUGUGCUACUGAAUUCUCCCCUAAAACACUCCUUUCGGCUUUUAUCGGGUCAUCAAAUGGAUGUCCUAUUGCUGCCAACCCAGCUCUAUUCCACAAGAAAGCUCCGAAACACAGAGGACUUAAACUUGCUUUGGCAUUAACUUUCUCUAUGGUCUUUCUGCUUCUUGGUUUACUGUUCUUGGCAUUUGGUUGUCGAAGGAAAACCACGAUAUGGGCGGUUAAACAGAACUCUUACAAGGAAGAACAGACUAUUUCUGGUCCUUUUUCAUUCCAGACUGAUUCAACAACUUGGGUUGCUGAUGUUAAGCAAGCAAACUCAGUGCCUGUUGUGAUUUUCGAGAAGCCACUGUUGAAUUUCACAUUUGCAGAUCUCUUAUCUGCAACUUCUAAUUUCGAUCGAGGCACAUUGUUAGCUGAAGGGAGGUUUGGUCCAGUUUAUAGAGGCUUUUUACCAGGUGGCAUUCAUGUGGCAGUGAAAGUGCUUGUUCAUGGUUCCACUAUGACAGACCAUGAAGCUGCAAGAGAGCUCGAGUAUCUUGGCCGGAUAAAACAUCCUAAUCUUGUUCCAUUGACAGGAUACUGCUUGGCAGGUGAGCAAAGAAUUGCCAUUUAUGAUUACAUGGAGAAUGGGAAUUUGCAGAACUUGCUUCAUGACUUGCCACUCGGGAUUCGAACUACUACUGAAGACUGGAGCACGGACACGUGGGAAGAGGAGGAUGAUAAUAACAGUAUUCAGAAUGUUGGUUCUGAAGGAUUGUUAACCACUUGGAGAUUUAGGCACAAAAUCGCGCUUGGCACUGCUAGAGCACUUGCAUUUCUACACCAUGGUUGUUCACCUCCCAUUAUACAUAGAGAUGUCAAAGCUAGCAGUGUUUAUCUUGAUAUGAACUUGGAGCCUAGACUAUCCGAUUUCGGAUUGGCCAAAAUUUUUGGCACGGGACCCGAGGAUGAGAUCACUCGCGGUUCACCUGGAUACAUUCCCCCAGAGUUUCUUCAUCCAGAGAGCAGCUCACCUAAAUAUCCUACACCAAAGUCAGAUGUGUAUGGAUUUGGAGUAAUCCUUUUCGAGCUAAUUACCGGGAAAAAACCAGUUGAAGAUGAUUAUCCACAACACAAUGAUGCUAAUUUGGUUGGUUGGGUUAGAGGAUUAGUAAGGAACAACGAGGGAUCAAGAGUUAUCGAUCCAAAAAUUCGUGGAACUGCAUCACAGACACAAAUACUAGAUGCCUUGAAAAUCGGUUAUCUAUGCACAGCUGAAGUUCCCGCGAAACGACCAAGUAUGCAUCAAGUAGUUGGACUGCUUAAGGAUAUUGAGCCUACACAACAAUGAAGAUAAGAGGACACAAAGGCAUUGGCAACAAUGCAAUUUUUACCUCUUGUGUUUUUUGGUAUUUUGAGUUCUCUUUUGUGUUGUUACCUAACACAAGGGGAAUUGUACAGUAGUCCAAUAUUUUUGUUUGCUACUUUAUGCAAUGUUCUCAUUUUCCACUGGAAAAGUUUUUAAGUUGUAGUACAAAAUAGGCAUUUUGCUUGACCCUUGAUGAAGAACAAAUUUUCCACUCA